CGUCACCGAGCGUAACCGGAAGUGCUCUGUGAGGGCCAGUCAGCUGACAGCACCGUCGUCUACAGACCCAACGGGCAAAGAUGGCCUACCCUAAAACCCACAACCCGUUUGCUGACGACGACGAUGAGGAAGAUUUCAGGCCUAAAAGAAGGGGGUUCGAUGACGACCCCGACGACAGUGGGAUGAGCGAACCGGAGAGGAGACAGCGGUACCUCCAGCAGGAAGUGAUGCGCACGGCUCAGUCUGCCGUGGACAGCAGCCACCGCUCCCUCGGACUCAUCUAUGAAUCGGAGAAGAUUGGUGUGGAAACUGCAGAGGAGCUGGUUAGACAGGGUGAGGUCCUGAAGAGGGCCGACAAGAUGGUGGACAACAUGGAUCAGGACCUGAAGACCAGCCAGAAGCACAUUAACAGCAUCAAGAGCGUGUGGGGCGGCGUCGUCAGCUACUUCAAGGGCAAGCCAGAGACAAAGCCACCACCCGAGGAGCCAAAGGCCUACCAGGCCAACGACAGAUUACAGACUGCCAUGUCCAGCAGCCGAGAACAAGAAGAUAAGUACCAAGCCAGCCACCCCAAUCUAAGAAAGCUGGAGACGGGAGGAUUCGGAGCGUCUGCGUCAGUAGAUGACAGCUCAUCCGGACAGAAUGGAUAUCCUAAGAACAAACACCUCAGGGAGGCUCACCAGACCCUCGACAAAAAUUUAGAUGAGAUGUGCGGCGGCUUGAGCAGGCUGAAGAACCUCGGCCUCGGUCUCCAGUCCGAGAUUGACGACCAGGACGACUCCAUUGAUUCUCUGAUGAACAAGGUGGACAAGAUGGAUGUCAAGAUUCAGAACACGAACCAACAGAUUAAAAAGCUCAAAUAAUACAAACAGUCGGACUCGCAUCGACAGAGACAGAAGACGGCAGAAGGUCGUCCUCUCAACUCGGCUCUCCAUUCUGGACUCUGUUGAAUAAACCAUUCUUUUAAUGCUGGUUUAAGACAUUUAUAUCCAUUUAUUUUAUUUUCCCCUGGGGAUUUUCCCAUUCAUUUCCAUUUCUGAUUUGUCCACAAAGUCCUUCUACUCAAUUUGAUCACUACAUGUUGAUAUAAUCAAUCCUUCCACCGUGAAAUAGCUUGAUUUUAUAACUUGUUUUAUUCAAUUCCACAUGUGAAUUCAAUGUUUUGUCUUUUCGUCCAGGUACAUUUUUUUUUGUUUUCUCUGUCAAGCUCCCCUCGGUUGGUGGUUUUGGUGAUUAGAGUUUUAGCAGUUUCACCAAAGUGUGUGUGUGUGGUUCAUUAUGUCAGAGCUAACAUCCUGGACCUGCCUCCACAUAUGUACUAAAACACUUCACCUUUUGCCUUACACAUAAUGUUGUAUGUAGACAAGGCUAUGUCUUCAUCUCACCACUAGAUGCUUCUCUCUGUUUUAUUCUUUGACAUUUGAUGUGAUCCAUUCAUGUUCCUACCCCUAGCUUUAUAUAAAUUGUUUAACAGUGAUGAACAUUGUAUGGAAUUCUGCAUAAUGUGAACAAACUAGCUGUGAAUGUAAAAAUUUCCAAACUGAAGAAAUACCCCUCACAUUAUUAUUAGAGUAUAUCUUCUCUGGGAAACAUUUAUGAGAAGAUGAACCACUUAUUCCAAUGCAACGUUCAAAAAUGAGAAAACAAAUGAGGAACCAUCGUCACAAUGGUUCCUUUCUGCCAUGUAUAUCAUAUAUUCUCUUUAUGCCACAUACCCAAUAAAAAACAUUUAUAGGGAGUCUUACAAAUUGUAUUCCUGUUAAAGGAAGCAGGAGAUCACAACGGCCACAAGGUGGCGCCACAUUUCCAGGAUUGACUGCAUGAGCUCCUGCUGAAAGAUGCCCUCAUUCAUCAGUAAUGUAAAGGUGUAUGUUGCCACGGUAUCUGAUAGUUUUAAUGCGCUGUGAUUUAGCAACCAGUGUGAUAUUUCUUAGAUGUGAAAAAGGGGCCAUUUUUGAAUCCCAAGUACACUUUUAACAUUCACAAAAGUAUAUUUCAAAAUGCUUUCAAGCUUAGCAAAGUAAGCUUAGGAUCAAAACAGAGCAAAAAUCUUAAGUGAAUUAAGUUUCAUGUUUUAAUGCAGUUACA